AUGCAUUUCUUUCCUUUUUUCUUUCUAUUCUAUUUAUGUUCUUCCUUUCUUCCUUUCUCUUUUUCUUUCUUUUCCAUUUAUUUUCUUUCUUUCCUUCCUUCCUUCCUUCCUUCCUUCCUUCCUUCCUUCCUUCCUUCAUUCUUUCUUUUCCAAUUAUUUUCUUUCUUUUUCAUUUCUUUCUUUCUUUCUUUCUUUCUUUCUUUCUUUCUUUCCAUUUUCUUUCUUUCUUACUUUCUUUUUUCUUUUCCAUUUUUCUUUCCUUCUCUCUUUCUUUCUUUCCUACCUUCGUUCUUUCUUUCAUUCUUUCUUUUCCAUUUAUUUUCUUUCUCUUUCAUUUCUUUCUUUUUCUUUCUUUCUUUCUUUCUUUCUUUCUUUCUUUCUUUUCCAUUUUUCUUUUUUCUUUCUUUCUUUCUUUUCUUUAUUUAUUUAUUUCUUUGUUUUCCAUUUUCUUUCUUUUUUUUUCUUUUUAAUUUUUCUUUACUUCUCUCGUUCUUUCUUUCUUUCUUUCUUUCUUUCUUUCUUUCUUUCUUUCUUUCUUUCUUUUUCCAUUUUAUUUAUUUCUUACUUUCUUUUUUGUUUUCCAUUUUAUUUCCUUCUAUCUCUCCCUUUCUUUCUUUCUUUCUUUCUUUCUUUCUUUCUUUCUUUCUUUCUUUCUUUCUUUCUUUCUUUCUUUGUUUUCCAUUUUAUUUCCUUCUCUCUCUCUCUUUCUUUCUUUCUUUUUUCGUUUUCCAUUUAUGGUCUUUCUUUCUUUUCCUUAUACGUUCUUUCUUUCUAUCAUUCCUUCUUUCGAGUCUGAAUUUUGCUGGUAAUAUUUUCUAUCUAUCUAUCUAUCUAUCUAUCUAUCUAUCUAUCUAUCUAUCUAUUGAUAGUUCCCUAUUUUUCUAUCGCAUGGGGAAUUGGCGCAACACAAUCUUCUCGCUUAGAUCACUAGUGCAUUUGGACUUGUGUCAGUCCGAGCUAAGUUUAGUUAGUAUCUAUACGUUCGGACACUUCCGCCAUUUUUUACUCCAUUAA